GCCCGGUUUAGCUAUGCGGUUAAAGCUCCGAUUGAAUAGUUUCGGAUCUGAGAGAGAGGGGGAGAGAGACAGCAAUGCAUCACUGGGUUCGAGCUUCGCCCUCCGAUUUUGGUGGACCUCUUCCUACUCCUCGGAGUGGCCACACCGCAGUCAAUAUUGGAAAGUCUAAGAUCAUAGUGUUUGGUGGUCUUGUCGAUAAGAAUUUCCUCGAUGACAUCUCUGUAUACGACAUCGAGAAUAAGUUAUGGUUUCAGCCUCAGUGCACAGGUAGUGGUUCAGAUGGCCAAACGGGGCCCAGUCCUCGAGCAUUUCAUAUUGCCAUUGCAAUCGACUGCCAUAUGUUUGUUUUUGGAGGGCGACUUGGUACCAAAAGAUUGGGAGACUUUUGGGUCCUAGAUACUGAUAUAUGGCAAUGGUCUGAACUUACCAGCUUUGGUGAUUUACCUUCACCAAGAGAUUUUGCUGCUGCUUCAGCCAUUGGGAACCAUAAAAUAGUAAUGUAUGGUGGAUGGGAUGGUAAAAAGUGGUUAUCUGAUGUAUUUGUCUUGGAUACAAUGUCAUUGGAGUGGAGAGAGUUAGCAGUUACAGGAACAUUGCCACCACCAAGGUGUGGUCAUACAGCCACUAUGGUUGAGAAACGGUUGCUUGUAUAUGGUGGCAGAGGAGGUGGAGGACCAAUCAUGGGUGAUUUAUGGGCUUUAAAGGGUCUCAUUGAAGAAGAUAACGAAGCUCCUGGAUGGACACAGUUAAAGCUGCCCGGGCAAGCUCCGGCUGCCCGAUGCGGGCAUACUGUCACCUCUGGAGGCCACUAUCUUCUCAUGUUUGGAGGCCAUGGAACCGGUGGUUGGUUGAGUCGCUAUGAUGUCUACUACAAUGACUGUGUUGUUUUAGACAGGGUGUCUGUGCAGUGGAAACGCCUUGCAACUAAUACUGAAGCUCCUGCUGCACGUGCUUACCACUCCAUGACAUGUAUUGGCUCACGUUAUCUCUUAUUUGGUGGCUUUGAUGGAAAACUCACAUUUGGUGAUCUAUGGUGGUUAGUUCCUGAAGAUGAUCCUAUUUCAAAGCGAUCAGAAGUAAUUCAUGAGACCCGCAAUGACUUCCAAUCUGAAACAAAGGAAAAUGACAUGGAAGGGUCGGCUAUCUCAGAGCUGCAAAAGAGACUGAAUAUUUCUGUUUCGUUUACUGGUCACAAUCUUCAAAUUGUUCAUGAAUCAGAAGAUAAAGAAUUUCUUGAACUAGCAUCAAGGAUAAAUGGAAAUAAAUCAUUUAAUAAUAAACAGGCUGUUGAUGCACUCCGUGAACAUUGGCAAAAUUCUUCCCCAAAAUCAAUACCUCUGAAGGAGCUUAACCCCUUAUUGCGCGACUACAAACGUCUGAUUACUCGCCAUCACUUAGCAAAGGUUGGAUCAAAUUUACAGUCUGAGAAUGAGAAAGAUGCCUAUCGCUUUUAUCAUAUUACAAAUGCUUCUCAGUUACGGAUGAGCGAUAUACCGAAUCUGUUGACAGAGUACAAACAGCUUCCAUUGGAUUAAAGAAUGAUGUUGAGGGAUCGUCUGUAUAGAAGAAGAAUUAUCCAAAUUGUAUUUGAAUUGGUUUCAAUGCAGGAAAUAGCAAUGCACUUUCAUUUAUUU